AUGAUGUGCGACAUCAUAAAAAUAGGAGGAAUGGUUCGCAACAAAGAGAAGUUCGUGAAGCGGCGGCAGCGGCUGGUGGGCCCCAACGGCAGCACUUUGAAGGCUUUGGAGCUUUUGAGCUGCUGCUACAUUUUAGUCCAAGGCCAAACUGUGGCCGCCAUGGGCAGCCCCAAGGGCCUCAAACAAAGGCGCAAAAUGGAAGAACUGCCAGAGAAGCAGCAGCAAAAGACGGCGGAGAAGAGGAAGAAGAGAGCGGAGGAAUAUGUGCCCACAGCAGAGAACACGAUAAAAAAGAAGCAAAAACGCCUCGAAGAGAAAGAAGCAAACAUCCAGAAGGAGCAGAGGCGCAUACCGGACGCUGCGGAGGUGGUAGCAAAGGUGAAGGAGAGCCAGAGGGAGAAGCAAAAGAAAGAGAAAAGCCAGAAGGCCGACGCUUCCUCCUUACUUCUUUAA